UGAAAGUAAAAGCGAGUCUCUGUGCAGGCAGGCAGCGCUUGGUGGGCUGGGCUUGGAGUGGCUUCUGUCUUCCCUGGCUGCUGGAGAUGGACGCAGUCAGCAGUGUGUACAGGCUGUCUCUGAUCCUCAGUAUCUGCUCCCUUCCUGUGAUGAGCCACGGCAGUUUGUUGCAGCUUGGCACGCUGGUGGAGUGCUGGUUUGUGGAGGAAAUCGGUGCAAAGAGCAGCUUCCCCAACUCCAUUGCCCAGGAUCCAGCUCUCCUGCUCCUUCGCCAAGUCCCCUACCAAAAUGGGGAGGAGCAAGAACUACCCUUGGAUUUGGGCCUGGCCUCGGAGCUGAAGCCUGGCAUGUUCUUCGAUGUGAGAGAUUAUUCAAGAAUUACCGCUCACCCCGGUUUCAAACAGCCUCAAAAUCCAAGUAAAAAGCCGCACUGUGAGAUUAAUAAGUACUCCCCGCAAGAGUCCAGUGUGAUCUGGGCCACUCACCUGACUGAGGACGAGAGGACACCUGCCUACCACUCCAGCACCUGGUUUUGCAGCCACCUUCAGACUUUUGAUCAUUCAUUCAAUGUGGCCAGUGUCCAUCGGGUCACCUCGGGCCCCAGAGGAGCAGACGACACCUCCCCACACCAGACAUCAGUUGUCCUGAAUGUGUUCACCCGCACACCAUCUCUGAAGACGGAACUGAAACGGGAUGUCCUCCUUGAUUGUGGCUUUGCCAUGGACAGGAAGACUGGCUUUGCGGUGGAGUGGCGCUACCAGUUUAAGGGCAGCGGGCACCUGGUGUACGCGUACAAUGGGGCCAAAGACCGGGUGGACAUGGCUGACGAGGGGACUGAAAUGUUCUUCUACGAGCUCCACAGUCACGGAAACGCCUCACUCCUGAUUCGCAAUGUUGACAUGAGGCACGAAGGAAGCUACAUCUGUACCAUUUAUAUGCCCAACCUACACGCUCAGCAGUCCAUUGACCUGCAUGUCACAGAGCCUCCAAAACUUGCACUGAACCCGGAUCCUUUGUACCUGGCUCCUGACCAGGCCCACCACGUGCUGUGUGAGAUCAGCUCCUACUACCCCCUGGAUGUGAGUGUAAGCUGGAUGAAGAGACCUGUUGGUAAUAGCACUGCCGAGCACAUCACCCAGAGCUGGAUGAGUGGCCACCGCGAGAACCCGGAUGGUACAUUCAACGUGACGAGUUACAUCAGCAUCAAGCCCACCUCAGGCGACCAUGACACUGUCUACACCUGCUACGUUGACCAUGUGUCUGUUGGGUCUGCAGUCCGGAAGAGCAUAACCCUGAAGGUAGCAGGAGCUGCUGGUCCUUCCAUUGAUGAUGUGAUUGGGUUGUUCAUUUGUGCUUUCAUUCUAUGUACCACAUUGAAAUUUUUCUACUGGAUAUUUACUGUGAAAGUUUAUCCUCUCGUGCUUAAUUUGACAGAAGAAGGCAAGGAGAAAAUAAACUAAAUGGAUGGAAUGCUGUCAGUGAAGAGCUCAUUGGUGGUUCAGCUGAAGCAGUGACCUGGCUACUGAUUUGCUCUCAUUGUUGGUCCUGAUAAUUUUUGUACCACGCCAAUUUUCCAUGUUCUCCCUGUUAUAUUUUUCCCACAUGCUUUUGUACAACUUGCUUUGAUAGAAUGGUUACAUGGGGCACAAUUUUAAAAAGCAGGUGAGCUGUUCAAAAGUCUCAUUGACUUUUGCAGGGCUGUAAAAUGUAAAAUUCUGCCCGUGGUUUCUGAAUGGAUCUUGUAAAUAUUUCCGUGAAGUUAGCAUUGAAGACUCAAAAUCAGCCUGAUUCAAAUCAUUCGGGCUCUCAGCACGCUACUGUUUUUGGGUAUUUUAUUGAAAAUUAAAAAAUGUUGAGAAGAAUAAUCCCUCAAUUUCUGUUUUUGUGACACUGUAUUCACAAUUGUAAGAUUUUGUCUCAUCAUUCUUUCAAGUACAAUCGAGAUUGUUUUAAGAACGCUGUACUACCAAUAAUCCUAUUGUUGGGAUGCUCAGAGCCAUGAUAUGAUGUGACAUAAAUAUUAGCUUUCCAGAUAGAAACUCUAGAAGCUACUUUCGUUUAGGAUCGCUGCAAUUAGUUUCUCAGCCUUAGAUUCAAAUCUCUCCAUUGUUUCACCUCUAGCUCUGUGACCAACUCCCUACGGCCCUCUGAGGUCUCUGCAUUCUCCCAAUUCCAGCCUCUUAUUCACCCUGGAUUUUAAUCGCUCCGCCAUUGGUGGCCGUGCUUUCAACUUGCCUGGGUCCUCAGCCCUGUAAUUCACUCCCUAAACCUCUCCACCUUUUUCUCUCCUCCUCCUACUACCUAUUUGGCUAAUCUUCUGAUGACAUGUGCUAGUGUCUCCUUCUUUGCCUUGAUGAGGCUUUAUGCGAAAUCACAUCUGUAUCCCUACAAUCAGAAUGGUGGCAUUGAGAUUGUGUGGAACGUGGUGGGAGGCACAAGGUGAAAAUGUUGAUUGUGGGAAUGGGAACGAUAACUGAAGCGGUGAGCUACAGGGAAGUCAGACAGACCAGUUGGAGAUGUUCAUCCCAGUGCAUGGUUUUAUUUAUGACAUUUCCAAUACUUGAGACAUCACAGGGCCAGCACCAUUGAGGAGCCCAGCAUGGAUUCAGAGGCAGCAUUGCUGCUCAUGUCUGCACUUCCUGUAAGAAUAAUGUGGUGUUGCUUGUCAAUCAUUAAUCUGCAGCCCUUUCUAUCAGUGACUUGCUAUGCUGUUACUAUCACUCUAAGUGAAAUCAAUGUGGGGCAUAAUUUUAAUCUAAUUCAGACCUGGGGAGCUGGUUGCAAGCCUUCAUUUACACACAGGUCCCCUGGUGCUUUCUAUUGUUCCCAAUGUUUCCCCAUGGAGGGGGCAGCAAUAGAUGAAAAUUGCCCCCAUUAUCCUCUCUCUCUGCAGGUCUGUCCCCAGCUGGCUGAGAUGAACAUUGAAAACAGCCACCUCAGAUGUUAAUCAGCUGCUUCAGUCCCUUUCUCCCAGUGAUUUUCCACCUUAUUGUCUUCCAUUUUGGAGCCAUUUUCAAUUCUCUUCUCUCUUUCCACAACCUGGCUCAGAUGGCAUUACAUAUGUUUCACCAAUUUGUCACUUCAGUCACAUGUUCUUUUACGAAAGUUUCCUUUGUGAUAGUAUUUUGCUGACAUGUUCCCCUUCAUCUCUCCAUCCUAUUCAAACGUUUCAUUACAUUGGAGUUUCGAGUGCUGAUGAACAAUCCGCACUGGCUCCAUUAACUUGUCCUGUUACAGAUGUUGACAUCAUUUUCUUUGCAAUUAACUUUUUCUGUUUAUUUCUGCUGGGUUUGUUUUUUUUUUAAAUUGCCUGUAUCGAAAUUUCAAUCUGAGUAAACCAGACAACAGAAUUUUUUUUUUAAAUAAAAUUUAAUUUUCUCUCCACCUA